AAUUGAACGGUCAUUACCGGCCUCUCUCCCGCCAUUGUCCGUACACGUCAAUCACAACAAUGACCACACUCUUCUCUGCCAUGCCGUCCAUUACUAUGCCUCUUAAACAUCAGAGUUCAAUGCUUCAACAGAGAUGGAGUAUUAGGAUUUUUCGAAUGACGAGGAUCAACCUGCUUUCUUCAACUGCUUUAAUCAAGUGGAAGAGGAGGAGAACUUUGAUAUGUGCAGUCAGUAAAGAUGCUGAAGAAGCAUUCAAAAAGACUGUAGAGUUGGAUAAACUGAUUGAUAUGCUCAGAGAUGCAAAUCCUAAAGAACUUCAACAACUCGUUGUUGAAAAUGUCCUUGCUUUCAAUGAGAGUUUUUGGAUACGGCUGGCAGCAAGAACUGACACCUGCAGAUCAGAGGAUGAUAAAAAAGAUUAUGAGGAAUUGGCAGCAUCUGUAAUGAGCAUAGUGGAUCUCCUUGUCCAUAAGACUCAUGAAAAGAUAGAAUCAGCUACUGAUGUUCUCAAGGAGAUUUUAACACCUGUAGUCGGUGAAAAAGAAGAGAUUACCUGGCCUCCAAGAGAUCCUGAAGCUCUCAAACUAAUGGAGAAAGAAAUAAUCCAAAGAGAGCAAGAAGGGCAACUAGAUGAAGGAUUUCUUGCAGAAGUAAAUGCUCAACUACGACAAUCAAAAGAAGAUAGGGAUAAGCCAGGACUAGAGGCUAUGUUGCAAAAAGUUUUGCAACUCUAUGCUGCAACAGUUCUCUCCAAACGUAGUUACGCCAAGAAAGGGAACGAGGUAUUGAAGGCUGAACUGUUUCUUGAGACUGUAAUCAAAGCUCCUGAGGAAGAAUGGAACAAGCUUUUGAUUGAUGGGUUGACAGUUGGUAAAGGGGAAGUUUCACCGGAGGAAUUUUAUGCUGUCAUUAAGAAACGAAUUGAGCGAACUCUUAUCCGAACGGAGGGAGGUUCAUACCAGCAGCGCAUUCUUACCGAAUAUCUGAAAGGCAUUCAAUCAAGAGCCGAGGAGCUCGUACAAUUACUUCAGGGAAAGCCACAAUAAUCUAUAGAUUAUCGCAGACGGGUUCCAUGCAGUGACAUUUUAUUGCAUAUGCAAAU